UAAUGAGGUUCCAACAUAAAAUUUGUUAUGGAAAUAUAAGAAAUUAAUAUAACUAAUAAUCCAUAAAUUAAAGAUAAAUGGGGCAAGCGCAGGGAAUUAUAAGAGGUGGACUGGUAGAGCCAUGGGUUGUCAUCUUCUGAAUAACUGGCUUGAAGCAACAGCUAUAGAAUGUGACAAAGAGGGGCCAUCAAUUCACAUUACACUUUCUUCCAUUGGCCAAUAAUAAAAAUCUUUGUGCUUCCAUUACUUCAAUCAUGGUGCUACCCUUAUCUUUAUUCGUUGAUGAAGGGGAAAAAAGGAUUCAUCAAGUUAUAUUGAUUUGUUAUUACUACUACUGCUAGUUGCCAAAACGACAAGUAACCUGAAUUUCAGUCCUUUCAAGUGAUAGUUGAUGUUGAUAUCUGAUAAAGAUAAAUUUCUCUCUUUCUUCUACCUCUUGCUAAUUUGUUAUUUCCAAAUAUGGAUUCAACUAGGAGCUCACUGGAUAAGAGAUCAAGCUACUUCACCCCAAGCGAAAAACUUUGUGCAGUGUUUAAAGCAAUAAUAGAAACUGUGAUCUUCAGUUUUCUAGGUUGCUUUAAUUUCCACCGUCUUCCUCCUAAGCACCAUUACAGCUUCAAUGACCUCAAUCGCAUUGCUAGCACAACUCUGUUUUCAGUCAAUGAGGUAGAGGCAUUGCUUGAUCUAUUCAAGAAGUUGAGUAGUUCAAUUGUUGAUGAUGGCCUUCUACACAAGGAAGAGCUCCAGUUGGCCUUAUUGAGAACUGCAUCAAGCAGAAACCUUUUCCUGGACAGGAUAUUUGAUCUUUUUGAUGAGAAGAAAAAAGGGGCGAUUGAAUUCGAGGAUUUUGUGCAUUCACUCAACGUUUUUCAUCCUAGAGCUUCUCUAGAGGACAAAAUUGACUUCGCAUUUAGGUUGUAUGAUUUGAAAGAGACUGGAUAUAUCGGACGGGAAGAAGUCCGGCAAAUGUUAAAUGCCAUCUUUCUGGAAUCUGACUUGCAGCUUUCAGAGCAAUAUCUUGAAGCAAUCAUCGAUAAGGUGGAGAGAGAUUUCCAUUGUUAAAACUGUGUAUUCUUACAUUUGCCGAUGCUGACGCCGACAACGAUGGUCAGAUUAAUAAAGACGAAUGGAAGGCAUUUGUUGUUCAGAACCCAACCCUUUUGAAGCACAUGACUCUUCCAUACUUAAUGUAACUGGCUUCCUUCCACAUGCAUCGUCGGAGCCUUGACGUUGCUAAGAUUUUGUUCAUUGAAGAACUUAAUGUAAAUGAUUAUUUUGCAGGGAUAUCACCACAGCAUUUCCCAGUUUUAUUUUCAACACUGAAGUUGAUGACUGAAACUUUUGGCUGCAAUUUUCUGCUAAGCCAAAAUAUUGAAGACAACUUCAACAGAUUAGCAUAUUCUCAUGCAUCCCACAAAAAAAAAAACCUUCAGUUGCAACGGCACUUGGAAUGUAACCCCAAGUUUUGACACUGUUCACGCUGCCUUUUCUUUUUCCUCAAUUGGUGGGUCAUACAUUUUAAUCGUCGGAUAGCUAAAGCUCCCUCAUUGUUUCUUUUUAAUUUUAUUUUAUUAUUUCCUCGAACUUUAUACCUUACGGUUCUAAAUUGUUAAUACAACUCCCUGAAAACAACUUCAAAGCCACUGAAUUAAAACUAAUUGGCUCUUCUCUUUU